CCUUGGCCACAUUGAGCAUCUUUCCUCAGGGACCCCUCUACACUGGAGAGACAGUCACCACUGUACACAGAUUGGACGUACCUUUGGUCCAGAGACAACCAACAUCUUUCCAGUCAGUCCAGUGAAACCAUCACCAUCUUUCUUCCCGACCAGGCUGGUCAGUACCUGUGUAAGGGGACCAGGAGAGAUUGGCCCCAGCAGUCUCAACUCAGCGGAACCGUUCUCAUCAGAUUCACUGCCCUGCCCAAAGCUGAACUGAAUGUAGAGCCAAACCCUGUGUUCCCUGGAGAGACAGUUACUAUGACGUGUUCAGUAGGGUCUGACAGUAGCUGGAGAUAUCAGUGGUACAAAGACAGGAAUGAUAAUGUAGUAUCCCAGUCUGUCAGACACACUAUAACAGGAGACACCCUCACCAUCAGUAGAGUUGCUGAGUCUGACCAGGAUCUCUACUGGUGUCAGGGAGAGAUCCAGUCCAGAUCCAUAUCAUCAAUCAUCAGUGAUCCUGUCACCAUCACCCUGAAUGGUCUACCUUUGGCCACAGUGAGUAUCUCUCCUCAGGGUCUCCUCCACUCUGGAGAGACAGUCAGGAUGCAGUGUGACAUUUCAGACUACACAGACUGGGAUUACCACUGGUUCAGAAAUAAACAAAAACAGAGUCAUGGUAAAACCAUCACCACACUGUCUAACCAGGCUGGUCAGUACAUAUGUGUUGGGGUGAGAACAGGUCGGCCCCAGUGGUCUCAAUUCAGUGUUUCCCUCGCCAUCAGAGUCACUGGUGAGUUCACUAUUGAUACGCCAUCACUAACUUGUUGUUGUUGUUGUUCUCAUCGUAGUGUGUGUCAGGACACUGGAGCUUCCCACUCAAUCUUAUUGCAAUACCAACAGAUUAUCAGCCCUCGACUACACUGACUUCAGACAAAGAGGACGUAUUCACAGGAGACAGAGUGCCACUGACCUGUACUGUAGAGUCUUAUGGAUGGAAGUUUUACUGGUACAGACACAGACCAGACUCUAUAUUUUUAAGAUUAAAAGUUUAAAAACUGCCUUCUCCUUCAUAACAGAUAAACCCAAGUCUGUCCUGAGUAUCUCUCCUCAGUGGCUGAACCCUGGAGAUUCAGUGACUCUCAGCUGUAAAGUUGACAAGAUGUCUACAGGCUGGUAGUUCCCCUGGUACAGAACUGUUCCCUACAGAGCUGGGUUACCCUCCCUAUUGGACAAGUCCUACUCUGUAGAGCCCCUAUCUGACAGGAGUACUGGAACUACAGAGAGCUUCUACACCCUGAGUCCUGCUGGUCCUACUCCCACAGGAGGAUAUGUGUGUAGAGCUGGGAGAGGAGACCCAGUCUAUGACACACUCUACAGUGAACCUCAGUUUCUCUGGUCAGGAGAUCUGCAGCCUUCAGUGUCUCUCAGAAUAAGUCCUAACACAACUCAACACUUUACAUCAAAGUCUCUCUCACUGAGCUGUGAGGAGAAGGGGAACUCUACUGGUUGGAGACUGAUGAGAUACACAGAGAGAGGAGUAGAGUCAGGGUGUGUCUCUAACUGGGGAUCAACAACAGGGUCCACAUGUACCAUCAGCUACACAUACACAGGGGACAGUGGAGUGUUCUGGUGUGAGUCUGGAUCAGGAGAGUACAGUAAUGCUGUCAACAUCACAGUGGAUGAUGAUGAUGUGAUCCUGGAGAGCCCUGCCUAUCCCAUGACUGAAGGAGACUCUGUGACUCUGCGCUGUAAAUACUGGACAACUAGCUCAAACAUCAAGGCUGAGUUCUACAAAGAUGGAGUUUUCAUCAAGAAUGAGACAACAGGAGAGAUGACCAUCCCUACAGUAUCCAAGUCAGAUGAAGGAUUCUACAAAUGCAAAUACACUGACAAGGGAGAAUCACCAGAGAGCUGGAUGACAGUGAGAGUCUCUCCAGUCGUAGCUCCUGGAUCCUCUACAUCAGUCCUAGUAGGAGUGGUUGUGGGUCUGGUUGUUGCUGGUGUUCUACUGGUCAUUCUCCUGGUCCUGAUGUGGAGAUUUAAAAACUCCAAAGUUAUGUUAAUUCAGUAA